UAUACAGUAUCACCACUGUGAAUUGUCACUACAGGAUGGAGUCGGAGAGGCCAGCAGGAACAGGGUGGCGAAUAGAAUCAGAGGAAUUUUUGAAGAAUUAUGCACCCGAAAGAUGUCCAGAAAAAACCUAUGUUCUGUAUGAAAUUCAGUGGGGAAGAAGUCACAAAAGAUGGAGAAACUGGUGUACCAAUACCCUUUCCCAACAUGCAGAAAUCAAUGCUUUGGAAAGGCAUGAAGAGAGACUGAACCAGAGAGCAACAACAAGUUGCCACAUCAUUUGGUUUCUAAGUUGGAGCCCUUGUGGUUCUUGUAGCCACUCUAUCAUUGAAUUCUUGAAGAGGCAUCCUAAUGUAACUUUGGAGAUAAGAGUAGCUCAGUUGUUCAGGCCUAAUGACAAACGUAACAGGAAUGGCCUCAAGAACCUAGUCAGUUCUGGAGUCCAGAUAUUCAUUAUGCUUCUACCUGAUUAUUAUUAUUGCUGGAGAACAUUUGUGGUUCAAGGAAGAAUGGACAAUUGGUGUUUGAUAUGGAGUUUCUUAAUAUUGCACAAUGUCCUACAGCUUAACACAAUCUUGACUGAAUAAGUAAGUUGCUACUUUGAAAGAAAAGCUAAAUUUAAAAUCCACAUGUCCAUAUAUGGAGAAAUUAAAGAGUUUUCAUUGUAUCUUCUGUCACAAACUGUAAAAAAAACUGCCAUGCAUCAAAAACAUCUCAGAAACCACCAACCAUAUGCAAUCUGGGUUGCACAAAAACCAACUAAAGCCCUCCAAAACAUCCUACAUAAACCGAAAGACCCAGCAGCUCCAGAAAAAAAAACAGGAGU